ACUAACAUAUUUACAUAUACAAAUCAGAAAUAAGACAUCAUUUUAAACAUUAUAUCAAACAUGAAAACUUUAUUAAUACACAUGAAGCUUUACUUCGGUCUAUUCGGGUCUCGAAACAACUUCCCGAGAAUGAAAAUGCGGUAUGCGAAGAAGAUCCAUGUGGAUUGACUUGCAGAAACUGCUGAGAAUUAAAUUUUUACAAUAUAAAUUCAUACAAAAAUUAGCAGACAGUCCUUAUAACAUUUUUUUGUGAUAUUUAAUUGACCCUAAAACAAGAAUGUCUACAUAUACGUGUAACAGAUUUCGAGCAUCAAGUAUGUAACUCAACUCGAACGACUUACUCCGAGUACAUAAGUAACUCAUGAGUGUAUGGAGCAUCGGAAAUUACUAAAUUUUAUAAAAUUCCAAUUGUUGCGAGCUUCAAGAACAUCGAGAAUAUAUGUGAACCAAGAGACACAUUCCAUCAUUAUAAUACACCAAAAUCCAAGGAUAUGGAUAAUGAAGACAAGACCACAGUUAGUCUCCACCCUAGGGUAGAAAACUGUGAUGAUAUCAUUAUAAAGGAGGAGCUAGACCUUGACUACAAUGAUGUCCUUUUGGAAGAGGAACAAGACUUAUUUUUCCAACAAGCAUGGAAACAAGAAGAAACAAGAAGUGAUUCACAACCGAACCGGGAAGGUGACCUUCAAGUCUCGCAGGAACAGCGAAGGCGAGGUCGUACAAAAGGACCUAUUCGUCGUUCCCGACCUGUUAUCCCCAUCUUUCACGACAAAACCAAAUGGAAACACGAAUCUCAAGACGACUUCCUUCCUCCUAAGAUAAAGCUGGAAACCGUCCGUGGUGAGCAUCACAACCCAGUCACAAACCAAGAAGAGAACACUCCAGGCUUUCACUACUGGUCGGCUUGGGACACCACGUACAGAAAUCGAAUAAGUUGUCCACUCUGUAAAAAGAAGUUUUCACACUCAAGCGUCAAGGUGCAUCUCUACAGUCAUCUCAAUCCUGACGAAAAGGUUAUCGUCGAAUCUCAGUGGGAAUUCCAGUGUUACUUUUGUUCGAAAAGGUUCCGAGCCCCCUCAAUUCUUACGACACAUAUGCAAAUUCACACGGAAGAAAGGCCAAAUCAAUGCAAAGUUUGCGGAAAAACGUAUACUCGCCUUUCAAGCCUUAAUGUGCAUAAGAACAGUCACAGCAACAAGUUGAGUGUGAGAAGGCAAUGGGAAUGCAAAAUUUGUGGCGACUUGUUCACGGUUAAAUCGCAUUUAACGAUUCAUUUGAAAUAUCACAAGGGACUAAAGGAACAUGGUUGCAAGUAUUGUGGCAAAAUGUUCACACACAGAAGUAAUUUGGUAAUUCAUGUGGAUUCCAUGCAUAAAGGGAUUAGAUAUAAGUGUCGGUGGUGUGCUAUAAGUUUUACGCAAAAGUCGACUCUUACAGAACAUGAAAAGAAGAGUAAAAGAUGUUUGGCGAAAAGGUCUGCAAUCUGUGAUAAGGGUGCUGAUAGCUAAGAUAAACUGUGGGAUUGGUCAAUUAUUAUCAUGGAAAUUUAAACUAUGUAUUUAAUUAUGAUACAUAAUAAAUAACUCUGUAUGAAUAAAAUAUUGCUAAACAGAUUCA